UCACUGGUCAACAUGAAUAGAAAUGUUUGCGGAUGGGAUUUGGAUUUGCUGCAAACGAAGAGUGGAUUAACAGCAGGCUGUGUUUUUGUUAAUGGACUACAAGUCUGGAUUUAAACUUUUUAAAAGGGCAGCUGUUUCUUGAAGUUAACUGGAAACACGAAUGAGGUUGAGGCCUGAGGGGAGAAACGUCCGAUUGUAGCUUCUCUCAGGACGGACCAGAAGUGCCUAGUCUUGUCUCUGAGUUGGUGAGAUGGAGGAAGCUUACAAUGAGCUGUACCAACAAUUUCUUCUCCUGAGGUCGAUUUGCUUGAGGCAGGCGGCUCUAUUGCAUCAACUCACAGCAGCUCCGCAGAAACAGCAAGGUGCUUCUGUAACUAAUGGAGAAGUGAGUGAUAUGAGUUCCAUCCCUGUCCAGUGCACCAAUGAGAUCCCCGUAUGUCUCUCUGAAGAGCCUGAGCUACUAAUGCCUGGAGCGCAAGACCCUGCAGCACUGUGCAACACUGACCACCGCUACAGAAACGUGGAGACGGGUUUUGGUCUCCUCACUGAAAACAUGUCCAAGCUCAAUGUGGAAACGAGUAGUCAGAGAAAGCAGGAUGGAAAGACAGAGAAAAUAAAUCCAUUGUUUUUGACUUUGGGCUCCUCGAGGUGCAACGGAGCCUCGUCCACCCAGUCAAAACCCCAUCAUCCUGCUGAAGGCUGGGCCCUUUAUAAUGUGAAGAUGCCUUUGACUCACAGCCCCCAUGUGGCCUGUGACUUCCGAAGCCUGUCUGGUACCAUCACAGCACCACUGAUGUCAGAAGUUGCACUACAGUCUCACGUGUGUGAGUUCUGCCAGGCUGUUUUUCCUGGAGACGCGACCACAAGGGGAGAGUUCGUACGACAUCUCUGCACUCAUGUCACCUAGACCACACACACUCUGGUGCAUGCACAACUAAGUUAACAUAUCCUCUGGGAACAAUAUUGGUGGGGGGUCUUCUUUCUGAUUCGCUUUUUGGCUACGAAUAAACUGUGCAGAUGUUGACAGAAUUUUUUUUUUGUGCCAAAGACGAAAAAGUGAUGAGUAAAAAGGGAAUUGAAAGCUUUUACUCUUUACAUUAUACAAUUGUGUUUCCUUGUUCUCAAGUUCCACAUGCAUCAGCAUCUAAUACUACAGUAUGUCUAUGAUUGUAUGUCUCCAUGGGUCUGGCUGCAACACGUGUGCUGAAAAAGUUUGCACAGUAUUGAAAACUACGAAAAGAAAAACAGUAAUUUUUACAAUAGUUUAGGGAGACUGAAAUAAUCCAACAACACUGGUUUUUCUCAUGUUAGCUGAUGAGGGUUUUAACUGAGAGGUUGCUACAGUACAUGUGCAAAUCAAUGGUAUUUUAUGUGAUGCUCACAUGGACUUUCCUCCCAGGGCUGCAUCCUUUCUCUUCUUUUAUUUAUACUGUACACUAAAGCCGAUAUGAUGGGCAUCGGCUUAUUACCGGUAUGUUUGCUGACCACCCAGCCAUUGUGUCUGUGGACCUUGACCACAGACCUAUAGUAUGGAUCUUCAUAGACGGCUGUGAGUUUGAUUUUUUGAGGGAAAAUAAGUCUCCUGAAAUAUGGAGAUGAUAGUGGGUUGUAAGAAGGAUCCUUCUGUUGUUUCUCCAUAUUUAAUUAACAGUCUGUUGAGCUGCAUCAAUAUAUAUGUCUGCAAUAUAAUUGAUCAUUUGACCUUCAAUGCUGUGUGUAUUAAAAAAAUACAGUUUUUAUAUUAGGCUUCUUAGCAGCUUUUUACUCUUGUUCUAUUGAAUCUGUUCUUAUAUUUUCUUUUAUUUCCUUUUUUGGGUCCCACACCCUCAAGAAUAAGAACUGAUCAUUAGACACAAGGUUAUUGACUUUGAUGAAAGCUCAGUCAGACUUUGCUGAUCUAAACAACAUUGUUUUCAAACCAUUUUAUACAGCUUCAAUAUGGUCAUAUAUGGUCUACCAAAAUAAAUAACAGACAUAAAAAUGCAGUUGUUCCUGCUGUCAGUAACACAUCUUUGUGAUGUGUCUGGUAUUAACAUGUUAUACUUCUCUGUACGUGUGUCUGUCACAUUUCCUCUUAGGGAUAAGAAAGACAUCUAAACCAAGAUACUUUGAAUUGUAAUUCAUGGCAGACGAGAGGAAGCUAAGAUACUACGUGCUUUGUCUGAUCUUAAUAUGGUGUGGUGGUUAGCCCUCAAACCAAGAAGGUUCCUGGUUUAUAUCCAGCUGGAGACUUUGUGUGGAGCUUACAGUAUAUGCUCUCCUCAUGAAGGCAUGGAUCUUCUCCAGGUACUUCCUUCCACCAUCCUAAAACAAGCAUGUUAGACUGGGAUAUAGUCCCAGUGUGUCUGAACAGGAUGAAACUGUUGUAGAAAAUGGAUGAUUGGUUCCAGGACACGUGGAAACGUACAGAGACAGGAAUCAAUGAUUAUAGGCGUCCUCAGAUGUGAAAAUGGUCAGUCUGGCUUCCAUUACCAUAAAAAAGUUUAGUUUCUAAAACCAAAUAUGAAUACUCAGGCAAAACUGGUCAAAUAUUAUAGGUUUUAAUCUGAAUGUUUGAAUUUGAUUAUCGUUCCUGAGCCAUAAAAGCAAACAUUUUCCAAGGUGUUCAUUUUGGCCAACACGUAGGCUAAUGCAAUUUAUUUAUAUAUGUAUGUAUGUACCGUAUGUAUAACUUUGUGUGUUCUAUUCAUGAUGGAAGAUGCGUGUGUGAGAUUGUUAUCCGAUGUAACUGAUUCAAAAAACGU